UUGACAUCCUACCUCAAGGAAGUGGCCGUUGCCCCAAACAAGAUUCAGACGCUCUGGCGCGGCACAGUUCCUUCAGCACUCAGGACUGGGUUCGGCUCCGCUCUGUAUUUUACCUCGCUCAAUUCCAUCCGCCAACAUGUCGCAGAAUCGCGCUUGUUCGACCAGGUUACAAGCCGGGCCGCCCAUUCCUCGUCACUGCCAACGCUCAAUCCGUCGGCCAACCUUGUCUCCGGCGCCGUCGCGAGGACCUUUGCUGGAUUUGUCCUGAUGCCAUUGACAGUCAUCAAAGUUCGAUAUGAAUCGAAUCUGUAUUCUUACCAGUCUAUUCUCGGUGCCUCGACCGACAUUUACAAAACCCACGGCCUUCGCGGUUUCUUCGCCGGCUUCGGCGCUACUGCUGUGCGCGACGCCCCUUACGCAGGCAUGUAUGUACUAUUCUACGAACUGCUCAAAAAGCGGCUGAGCGUCGUAUCAUCUCGGGGUCGGGAGGGGCAAGGCUUCAAGACCUCGCACGCAACCGUGGUCAACUUCAGCUCCGCCAUCAUGGCUGGUGCUACCUGCUCCGUCAUUUCGAACCCCUUUGACGCUAUCAAGACGAGAAUCCAACUUCAGCCGACCAUUUAUCGAAACAUGUAUCAGGCUUGUCACAAGAUGGUCACAGAAGAGGGCAUUCGCUCACUCCUGGAUGGAGUCAUGCUUCGUAUGAGCAGGAAGGCAAUGAGCUCGGCUUUAGCCUGGACUGUGUAUGAAGAAUUGAUUAGAAGAUCCGAGCGCACCUGGCCCUCCACCAAUACGACCACGAAGAGAGCACAGCCGUAG